GUAUAAGUUACACUCAUCCAACUGGGUGGCGUCUACCACGCUGUGGAUAGACUCAAAGCUUCCUUGAGGUUGAUCUCAAACUUCACUGCUGGUGGCACUCUUUCGUAUGAGCAGCCAGAAGUCGCGAUACUCGCGGAGUCCUUCGUGAGGUACAGAGCGGAAAAACCGACCACCAGAGAGCAGACCCCACACAUGAACACUCAGGAACAAGUCAGUAGCGGGGGCGGUGCUGCUGCUGCUGCUGCUGCUGCUGACCAAGUGCAGGAUGGAGAGCCCCGCGCUGCGCUGACGGCCGUGCUCACGUCGAAGGCGCUCGAGGUCGCACGCAGUGGCUUCGCCGGGGCGACGGCUGGCGCGGUGUCCCGCGUGCUUACCGCUCCCUUGGACGUGGCAAAAAUACGGUUCCAGCUGGACCACGGCGCGACGAGACGCUAUGACUCGACCCUGUGGGCGGCGAUGCGGAGCAUCUACGGCGAGGAGGGAUUGGUCACUUUGUGGAGAGGGAACCUACCGGCGAUGUUUCUUUGGGCGGCCUACACGGCGGUCCAGUUUAGCGCGUACGAACAGCUUCGAGCCACGGACUUCCUCCUCUCCCGACAGCACAACAGCGUCAGCGGCGGCGGCGUCAGGUACCGCGGCAGUAGCUGUCCGUCUUCGUCGUCCCCUCACGAACGGCGGGGGGCCGGCAGAGUCGGGGAGGUGGGGGGGUGGAGGACGGGAGGGCGGGAAGGCGAGAAUCAGUACCAAGCACUUCGGCGGCAACAGGAUGGGCGAGGCCGAGGCCUGCCCCCAGCGCUGGCGAACUUCGUGUACGGUGCGAUGGCCGCCUUCACCGCCACCCUCGUCACGUACCCGCUCGACAUCACUCGCACAGCGCUCGCAUUUCAAGGAGUUCCGAAGCGAUACAACAGCAUGUCGGAGUUCUUGCGGCGCACGGCCCGCGAGUCCGGGGUCAGGGGACUGUUCCGGGGGGCGACACCGACACUGGCCAUGAUCACCCCACAGAUGGGAGUGAGCUUCGCGGUGUGGGAGGCCCUCACGGGCGGCGCGCCCCGCGCGUUUUCUGGGUCGGGUUCGGGUGCGUCGCCGGCGGCGACGUUGUCGUGGCAGCUGGGCGCGGGCAUGGUCGCCGGGAUGGUCGGGAAGCUGGUGGUUUUCCCUCUAGACACGGUGAAGAAGAGAGUGCAGACUGCGGUGAUGAUGGAGCGCAACUCGACCUACGGCGUUCUCCCCAAGUACGCGGGACCCGUUCACGCGUUCAAGACAGUCUUGAGGGAGGAGGGCGCCGCCGCGCUGUUCCGGGGAACGGUCCCCGCCAUGUGGAAAACCGGGGUCUCGACCGCGGUGACCUACGCGGUGUACGAGUGGGUCAGGGUGGGCACGGCUGUCGCACUGGACUGAGAGAGCGUUGGGGGGGACGUUAAGUGCUCUUGUCUGACGCUGGCUGUUGAUUGUUUCUCGGCGACUAGCCGUGCCUCGGUGUACAUACAACGACAAAGUGGAUACGGGCAGGGGGGGGAGGGGGGUCACAGAUGCUUUGGCGAGACGAACGCCAACCGUUCAAUGAAGGAGGUGUUGCCACAAGCGUGCGGUGCAUGUGUGUUGUGCGUGUAGCCCCGCUCUUCGACAGAACGCAGCACACCACGGGCAACACACACGCACACAAUGAAGAAUCUCCAUGCGCUACGGCGGGAAGUGGUUGCCCUGCUGCGAAUUUUGACACACCCGAGAGUUUCGUACAGCGUCCUCGUGUGGGAGGCCGCGUGCGUGUGUGUUUUUAUUAUUAACAUCGACCGCGCUAACCGACUGACCAAUGAAAAGACGUCAGUCUCAGCACCGGUGAAAACCAAGUGUGUGCGCGUUUGCGUGUGUAUCACCGAAAGCCGAGCGGAUAGUGAUUGGAGGCAGUCAUCGCGUCUGUGUGUGUUCACGUGCGUAUCUCUAUCGCCGAGCGGUCGGAGACGUUGGGUUCAUCUGGCGUUCAGUGGUCGGUGAUGUGGCAGACCGUGUACCCGACACCCGGUCCUAUUCAGAGUGCUGCUGAUACAACUUGUAUUCUUUCCUUGUGUGUCACGCGAUUGCACCGGCCAAAUGCAGGGCAAUCGGCCUUUCGGUUGUGCGGCCUUUUUCAGAUACCACUUCGGAACGGCGACGUCUGUAUGUUGUAUCCCCGAUGAAGUACUAAAGGAGCCCGCACGAGUGGCAAAAGAGGCUGAGUCCGGCACAAAGAAAUCCGGCUGUUUCAUGUCGACUGAGCGUUUGUAUGUAUGUUGGCAAUGGGUCUGUGCAGCAAGCAAACGGGACUUGGUUUGGCCAGAGGCAGACUGUGGCACCGGCGAACAGUACCAACAGCUGUGACUGUUUCCUGUUUGGUCACGAUUGGUUCGCCAGCCCACUUUUCAAGUUGUCACCUCGAGACCUCCACAUUUGCGUGCGGAGACGCUGCGAGAGUUUUAUAGUUCUGUUGUGUCUUGUCAACCCCUGGGUCCUUGGUAGCUGUAUGUGGUGGUGGUGCACGGUUGUUUUUUUUUCCUCUGUACCUCGAGCACCACACACACCUUAGCUGCUGCUUCUGUGUUGAGACCUUCGGGAACUGUAGAUAAAUGUAAUUUUAGGCCCCCCGUUCUCGUAAUUUGUGGAAGUCGUCUUGACGACAGUUUCUGGCUCUGUGUCGGGGGUGUGCUGCAUUUUUGCCCCUUCAUGUACAGUGACAGAAGCGAGGCAUUUUGAGCACGCCUGCACGGCCGCCUCAGAAACAAUGUUGAGCGCCAAGCACACGUCUGAGAGCCGUUUGUGUAUGCGGGGCACGGACGACAGACAGCGCACGUGUGUUUUUUCAUUUUGUUGUUUUUUGCAGUGUUGUUUUUUGUUUGUUGUUAACGUUUUGUUCGCACACAAAACAGGUGUCGCCUGUACACCCAAACGUAGCGCCGUGUACGGGCCGCACCAAAUGGCAAGAAAAUGCGAUUGUUAUUUUGUGUUUGCCGUUCCGAGUUUUACUCAUCGUGGGUGUCGAACCUGUUAUUAGCUGUUGUUGCCAGUAGCAACGCAAGAAUGAAGAAGCCGAUGCCGUGAGCUUUUCUUUCGUCUUGUUGUGUGCUUUUAUGUUGCGCCCCCUACGCUCUUGUUGUCCGGGCGUUGAGUGGAUGGUUUGUGCUGUGCUGUGCAAACUUGUUUUUCUUUUGCUUUUCUUUGUUGGGUUGGUUCAGCGUAUCUUACCCGCGGCUGUCCCUUCGCACGUGAUUGAUUGCCGGGACGUCAGAGUCACCCCCCGCACCGCCUUUACUUGGAGAUGAAUGCAGAACACGAAACGCAAUGGAUGUGUUGCAAC